UCCGUAGUGGCUCCAAUCAGGGUCACCGUCCCACACUCCACGUGAGGAAGGAAAGUGUCCUAGCCAUGGGAGGAAAGCAAAAGAAACUGAUUCCAGUUAAUGACAAUCUGCAAAAACCUAUCCAAGAGGCAGGAGAAAUCAAAGGGCGUGACUAUGCUAUGAUUUACAAAUCAGAGACACAGAGAGAUGAAAACCAUACUCGAGACAGUAACUUAAUCACACUCACAAGCAAGAUGUUACAAAUGAAUAGACUGGAAGGAAUAACUACACGUUAUAAUAGUAAUCUCUUGGAGAAAAUGGCAUUUUUUCAGUGUGUGGAAAAAGGUGAGACCGUACAGUGUUUUUUGAAAGAAAACACCAGUGAACUUGAUUCAGGAGCUGAAGAGAAUGAGGCAAAGGAGACGGUGUGGCAUCAUUUAAGCCUGAAGGAAACAUGUGUUGUAAAGAAGAGAACUCUAGACCCCACAGAGAGAUCUACUCAGAAGAACCAAGCCUGCUCGGAGAAAGAAAAGAUUCAUAAACUCAACAAGGAGAAUGCUGAAAAGGCCUGUGCUUCCCUGGCUCACAAGAGUUCUCCCACAGGCAGAAUUCAAAGCAAAGUAGAAGAUUUUUCUUCCAAAGAAGAAUACAGAGAGAAUACUAUUGGAAGAGAUACAUCAAAGAUGGGAAGACAAGAAGAGGUAACCAUUAAUGGAGAAAACCAAGACACUGUGGAAAAGCCCAAAGCUUUGGGAGAUGUGAAGGGAUCUCAAGAGAGUGUGGUCUCCAAAACAGAGAAGAAUACACUUCAUGCUAAAGGAGAUAUCAAUGAAGAAGAAACUGGGGAGGAAGGAUCAACGGCUGCAUUAAAGGAAACAUUAGAAAGGGAUAAUGACAGUAAAAAGGAUAAUUCUUCAGUAAUAACCUCAGGAGGCCAAUCCAUGAGGCUUCUUUCCCAGAAUGCUGAGCUAGCUCCUCUGGCUGACCACAGCAGUAAGCGAAGAGUGAAUGAUGGAGGCCUCCUUACUGAUGAUAAGAAGAAGAGUAGAGUUGACAUAGAGGGCAGAGAUGAAAAAUGCAAAGCUCAGGAGCCCACCAAGAUAAAACAAGCUCUGAACAGCCUACUAAGCAAAUCCCAGGAGUCACCAAAGAUUAAAAAUGGGCAUCCAGCAAAGUCUCCUCCCAAAGAGAAAGAUCUGGCAAUACCACUAGAUAACAGUCCUGCUCCCCCGGCCCCAUUCGAUCACAGGAUUGUCACAACCAGACAGACAGCAAUCAACAGUCUCUAUACUGUGAAUAGGAGGGAAAUCUUAGGAGGGGGACGGUUUGGUCAAGUACACAAAUGUGAAGAAAAAGCCACAGGCCUGAAAUUAGCAGCCAAAAUCAUUAAGACCAGAGGGGUUAAGGAAAAAGAUGAAGUAAAAAAUGAAAUCAGUGUCAUGAACCAGCUGGACCAUGUGAAUAUCAUCCAACUCUAUGAUGCCUUUGAAUCCAAGAAUGACAUUGUCCUGGUGAUGGAAUAUGUGGAUGGAGGUGAACUGUUUGAUCGAAUUAUUGAUGAAAACUACAAUUUAACUGAGUUGGAUACCAUUUUAUUCAUCAAGCAGAUAUGUGAGGGGAUCAGACACAUGCAUCAGAUGUACAUCCUUCACUUAGAUCUGAAGCCUGAGAACAUCCUGUGUGUAAGUCGAGAUGCCAAACAAAUAAAAAUUAUUGAUUUUGGAUUGGCAAGAAGAUAUAAACCUAGAGAAAAGCUGCGAGUAAACUUUGGAACUCCUGAAUUCCUUGCCCCUGAAGUUGUGAACUAUGAUUUUGUUUCAUUCCCUACUGAUAUGUGGAGUGUUGGCGUGAUAGCCUACAUGCUACUCAGUGGAUUGUCCCCUUUUCUGGGUGAUAGUGAUGCUGAGACACUAAGCAACAUCUUGGCUUGUAGCUGGGAUUUGGAAGAAGAAGAAUUCCAAGGCAUUUCUGAAGAGGCCAAAGAAUUCAUCUCUAAGCUUCUGAUUAAGGAGAAGAGCUGGAGAAUAAGUGCGAGUGAAGCCUUAAAGCAUCCCUGGUUGUCAGACCACAAUCUCCAUCACAGACUUAACUCACAGAAGAAGAAGAUGCAAGGUACUAAAGCUCAGUAACUGGUGGCCCAGGACCCUGCUGAAGAGUGUUACAACUUGGAAGGAAAACUGCUGUGGUUGCUGCCCUUUCGAGGGGACUUUGGAAAAAUCAGCAGAUUUGAUGCUUUGACCCCAGCAGUGACUGGAGGCAUCUACCAAAUGGAGUAACUCCGCCUCUGACUGUAUUACUGAGCUGCUUUUUUUUUUUUAAAGUUGUGCAGCUUCCAGAAGAGGAAACCAGAAGAAGCUUUUCCCAAAGAGGCAUAAAUACCAGAGCCCCCACAUCCUUUACCUCACUUCUGAGAUGGUUGCAGUAGUUUACUAUUGGGAAGACAAUUUUCUCUGCUGUCUUUUGCUUUCUCCAUCGAUGGGACAAGCUUGCCAUCGUGUUAGCUGUUGCUAUAGCAGGAAGGUGGACUAGAACUGAACUUGAUCUGAAAUUUUCAAACCUGAAAUGUGUUUGAAGUGGCUGAAUGCUAACAGGUUUUAAAAUGAGAGUAUUACAUAAUGGAGAUUUUGUGGCAUAUGUUCUUUUGAAUCUACUAUGUAUAGGAAACAUUACUUUGACCUGUGUUACAACUGAUUAUCACAGAAAGGUCAUUUGUCAUGAAACAGUUGGGAAAAGUCAUUAAAAAUGGAUUCGUUAUUCCUCUCAAUUGCAAACUUUGAUCUAAUUUUGUUAAGAGUUCUGAAAAUGCCAAUGGACGACUAUAUGCAAAAUCAGUAGUAAGCAGGCAAAGUCUUCUUGGGAAAGAAAGGCAUUGUGUCAGUCCUGGAAUAAUUUGGGGCACUGAGCCCAAAUGUAUGAAUAAACUUAAUGAUGACUGGUCACUUAUGAUACUGAAUUUAUAACCUAAAAGUAAGGAAAAUCAGUACAUUCACUUGUUGGCCAACGAGGAUUAAGCUUUCAUUAAGUUCUACUAUGUACAAGGAAGCCAUUCCCAAUUGAAAUCUUCCACCUAUUCCCUGAGAUAUUAAGCCAUUUCAUCAGAUAUUGAAUAAAGGAAAUACCCCAUGACUAAUGAGCUAUGUUUUACACAAACUAUACUUACAGAAAAAAAAUCAGAACUCUUACCAUACUCUUAAAAGAGAAAAACACACAAGAUGCUUUUUUAAAUGAAAAAAAUUCUUUCUUGCUUAACUCGCUUUCCAAAUUUUUAUAUCAAAUGUUAAGUUCAGUUACUUUUUCCACAUAGUCCAUUUCCAAAUAACUGUAGUGUUGGGGUCAUUACAAUAAUGUUUUUGUUUUGGGUUCCUUUUUCUUCUCUGAUACUAAAUGGGAUUGCUUUAUAAAGAAUCUGGUAACUAGCAUUGAAGGCAGAUUAAAUUUCUUCAUCUUAUUGCUCACAUUUCCAAUGUCUACUUGA